GAACAAACUGAAGGGCUGCAUCACCGUUAGUCACAGAUCACUUCCCAGGCUGCUAUUCCAAAAUCUUUCUUCUUAUCUGUUGCCGCAAGAACCUGCUUGUUGCCAUGGCGGCGUCGUUGGUCAUGCUUAGCGAGCAAGACGGGGCGAGACGGCGAACAAUGGAGAAGGCGAUGCGAGUGAUGCAGCUACUCCACAACGACGUGCCCUAUAACGCGGAAGAUUCCGAUCCCAGUGAUCGGAUCGCCACCGCGGCGAUUAGACGAGUCCCCAUUGACGCGCAGGCUUCGCCACGUCAGCAACAGCCGAGCCACCGGCGAGGGUCGUCAAGAGUCUCCUUGCAACAUUCGGCGGAAUUCGGAUACGAAAUAACGACGCCUAAUUUGCGUGCUUCUCGAACCGCAUCGGACUCCUCGUUUUCUGGCUCCAAGUCCUCGCCCUCGCCGCGUUUGGCGGCGUCUCGUUCAAGCAGCAGCGCUUCGACGAGGUCCCCUAACAGCUCCGACGAGCCGCUGACUCCCGUGCCGCCCUACCACCGACCUCUCGACCCGCCUUCUCAAGCACGACGCCGCCCCCAGAUUCGCCUCGACGCGGCGAGUACGUCGGCGCUCGAAUCGCUGUCGAGUCUUCGCCGCAGCAGCAGCAGCAGUAGCAGCAGCGGGGGGAGCAAGCAGGCUACUUCAACCGGCGGUUUUAACAAGUCUCAAAGCCUGGGCAGCGACACAACGAGCAGCGUCACCCCGAGAACACCGAGGACACCCCAUGGCGCGCGCCAUGCUUCUCUAGUGAGCGGCUCUCCCGCUCUCGCGCCGCCGCAAGGAGUCGCGACCUCGCCGAGGCGCCCCAUUCCCCUCGGCGCGGCGGCGGGGGUGCCGCAAUCCCGUCGGCUGCGCCACCACGACACGUGGCAUGGCGAGUCGCUAGAUCGCGCAGUGAUCCCGAAGGCGCGGGCCGACGUCCCGUGCUUGUCGCAUCAUCUGUCGCCGCGAGAGCUGCCACGUCAGAAGCAUCACCAAUCUGCAGCCGCCAGUCGCGAACAGCGCGCCGAGCCCGCUCCGUGCUCCCACCAUCCUCAUCACCAUCAUCAUCAUCCGUCGCCGCGCGUUUCCCGCGGAGCAAUUCCGAGUCGUGGAAUGUGCAAAAGCCGAUCCGACCCUGCCCUCAUGGACCUUGCGGAAUCGCCAAACCUGCCAGGUGGCGCGCCCGCCGGUGACAUCGCUGCGGUGGAGAGCUCUCCGACCGAUCCGAGCAUCUUGAGAGCAGCGCCGCAGGCGUCGAGGCGGCCCAACGGGAAUCCAAACGGUCGCAUUAGGCGGCCAGCAGCGUUGGUGAUCGACUGCGAUGCAGCUGACGAUGGCGACGACCUGUCGUCCCCACCAAAGAGCGCUCGCGCCCCGCCUACUAGCGCCGGCUCCGCUGCUUGGAACCACAAACACAGUGAAGUCGGCUCCAGCCCUUCCUUGCGGCCUUUAAAUCCGCAUGGCGCGACACGCGACGCGGGGCGGGAGCCGGCACGAACUGCAGCCGACAGCUCGCCCCGCUUCCCCUGCGCCAUUCCGUCACCACGACUGACCCACCCGGUUUCUCCUGCAGCCAAUCAGCGGUUGCCACGUCAGCCAGCAUCUCCCUCCGUGGGUAGCACCUCAGCAGUGCAGGCUGCUAGGGGACGGAGGAGAAUUGGUGACGACCAACCCUUCAGCCGACGGGUGAGUCGCUUCCACACGUGGGACAGCGAGCAGCUCAACGACGAGCCCACGCCGCAGAUUGCAGUAACACCUGCCCCAGUUCCCCCUUCAUGCCCAGAGCCUCGGAGAAACGGGGGUUUCUUGGGGCGGCGAUACGCUGGAAUCCAGUCAGAUGGGUGUCGACGACAAGUGAAUGGCGGAAAUUAUGAUGAUGGUGGUGGUGCGCACACCGUGUCGCCACAUGGAUACCCGCCCAUGAUGUCCCAUUCCCAGUCGAUCGACCUUGCCCACUCCCUUCCCCUCGCCCGCUCUCCUACCCACUCGCCCUCCUGCUCCCACGCGCCCCAGCGAUUCCUUGCGCCGUCCCCCUCGCUCCCAGCCCCCCUUCCGCCCCGCCGCUCGCACCAGGGGGGCUGGGGCAUGCCAGGGGGCAACGAGGAUAUGUAUGGCGGCGAGGUGAGGGGUGCGCAAGGGCGAGGGCGGGAGGAGGCAGCAGGUGCGGCAGACACCAUGUGGCACCUGGGACAGCAGGAGGGCGGGUGGGAUGGAGUGGCGGAGGAGGCGAUAUGGGAGGACGAGUGUGAAGGGCCGGAGGUGUGGGCAAUGAUGGAGUGGCAGAAGGGCGUGGAGGAGGCUGAAGCAGAGCUUUGGUUGGGCGGUUUGGCAGGGCAGGAAGAGACCGAGGAGACGGGUGAUGGGCCUGUGAUCCAUCAUCCCCACACACAAGCACACCAGCAGUAUGGUGCCCCGCCCCCACACAUUGGAGAUGGGCCGUUUGGGUAUCAAUCCGCAGAGGCGUAUCCUCAGCAUCCUAUUCUCGUCCGGGACUGUUCGGAUCAUGGCCAGCCACAGGCUGAGGCAACAGAGGGAAGGGAUGCCCAGAGAUCUGGCAGGGAUGCUGAGGCCGAGGGGGUGAAAGCGGCUGAAAGCAGGGGAAGCACCAAGAGCGGCAGCUCUGGUGUGGGUAGCGUCGUGAAGCCCAAGAGCAAGCUGCAGAGAUCGCUGAGCGACGACGAUGAGGAAGAGGAUCAGCCCAAGGAUGCAAGGCCGACCCGUGAUGAGGGCAGCAGGCAACAACAGCAGCGGAAAAAAGUGCUGCUUCAAAGGUCUUUGAGUGAUGACAGUGAUGAUCAUGGUGGGGCCAGUGGAAGGAAGGUGGGGAAGAAAGGGCGUGACAUGGUGGAAGGGAAGGCAAAAAGGGGAGGUGAAAGAAAGGAGUUGAAGGGUGGAGCAAAAGGUUUAGUCAUGCGUGUUGGCAGCAAGCAGGAUCCUGAGAAAGGAGCACGUGGUGAAGGGAAGCCCAAAAAGCAGAGGAACAAGAGCUUCGUGUAGAAAAUUGUUGUCAACAGGCGCGUUAUAAGGGUUCAUCUCAGCUCAACCGUUUUAGCUCAGAUAGAUGUGCUGAAACGCAAAGCAUCAUAAGGGAUCGCAUGAAACGGAAUUCAAGCAGAAAUCAUUACAGGUUACACCUUUCGUC